GUGCGUCUUUGGCGCCGGCUCCCAGAGUCUCGGAGGCCCGCGAUCGGCUUUGAAGAGCAGGACUUGCCGACAGCAAAAGAGGCGCGAGCAGUGAGUGCUUGGGACGAGAGGGUAAAUCAGACCCUCCCUGACCUCGGGGAGUUCAGGGCUUGGUGGGGAACAUGGACCUAGCCUCCAACCAUGACAGCCUAGGGCUGUCAAGAAGCCUUCAGGACCCUGGAACGCUUUGCACAUCGGGAGGGCUUUCCAGAGAAAGUGAGGCCUAAACCGAGCUCUGAAAAAUGGUUAAGAGGGUCCUCCAGGGACACGUUGGCCAAAGAAUUCUUGGCAGAAGAACGUGAGACGUGAAAGAAACAGGUGCAUUCUGGUAAAUACGAGGAGAGGUCAACAGUAGGAAUUUGGAACAGCUGAGCUGGAUGAAACCCUCAGGACAGAAUGGUGCUGGAUUCAGGGGCUCAGGUGUAUGAGCGGGCACCCCCCAGCCCACCUGCCAGUCCCCCAUCUCAGCGCCCUAGGUUGAAGCCCUCAAAUCGAAAUGGGCCACCCCUGUACCCCUGGCCGCAGUCCCUGUCUAUGCCUUUGGCUCUGGCGGUUCCCUCAGCACUACAGUCCCAGCCUAUGUGGCAGACCUUCUCAAAGCUGCAAUUGGGACAGCGCAGCCACAUGCGUCGCAGUGAGAGCACCUACAGUGUAAAUAGCACUGGCCAGCGGGGGCGAGGUAAAGCUCCGCUUGGACGGGGAUGUGAUCCAGGUGGAGGGACCCUACGGCCUGCAGCCUCCUUGCCUCUCAUUGCUAAGACUCGAAAGGAGGUGGGCAAUGGUAGCAACAAGAGCCCCUGCAUGUUAGUGGCCCUGCGGCCAACCAACAUGGACCAGGAACGGGAGAAAUUCUUCCAGUCCCAUUACACAUACAAUCCGCAGUUCGAGUACCAGGAACCGAUGCCAAUGAGUGUACUGGAGAAGUACCAGGAGGCCUCUGGACAGUUCAUCCAUCAGGCUGUUGGCAUCAUUGAGGCGGUCCUGGAGAAGUUUGGCACUUAUGAACACUUUGAGGCUGCCACAGGGGGCCAGCUGCUGACCAAGUGCCAAAUUUGGUCCAUUGUGCGAAAAUACAUGCAGAAGGAGGGCUGCGUUGGGGAGGUUGUGGUGCAGCUGAGCGAGGACCUGUUGUCCCAGGCAGUCAUGAUGGUGGAGAACAGCCGGCCCACACUGGCCAUCAACUUGACCGGAGCCCGCCAGUAUUGGCUGGAGGGCAUGCUGCGGCACGAGAUAGGUACCCACUACCUGCGCGGUGUGAACAAUGCGCGGCAACCAUGGCACAGCACCGAAGGCAGAUUGCAGUACGGACUGCGGCCAGCUAACCCCACGGAGGAGGGCCUGGCUAGCCUGCACAGUGUGCUGUUCCGAAAGCAGCCGUUCCUGUGGCGAGCGGCCCUGCUCUACUACACCAUUUACCAGGCCGCGCACAUGUCCUUCCGCCAGCUCUUCCAGGAUCUGGCGCAGUAUGUGCAGGAUGAGGCAGUACGCUGGGAGUACUGCGUCCGGGCCAAGCGAGGACAGAUGGAUACCUCCCAGCCAGGCUGCUUCAGCAAGGACCAAGUGUACCUGGAUGGCAUUGUGCGCAUCCUGCGGCACCGGCAGACCAUCGAUUUCCCACUGCUGACCUCGCUGGGCAAGGUCUCCUAUGAAGAUGUGGACCAACUGAAGCCCCAUGGAAUACUAGAUAAUACCCGAGUACCCCACUUUAUGAAGGACUUGGGACGCUACCGGCAGCAACUGGAACACAUCAUGGCUACCAACCGGCUGGAUGAAGAGGAGCUGGGCCGCCUGCUGCCUGACUGAUGUUGGUUAAGGGUUACAGACAGAAGAUCUUGACAGAGGUCUCAGAUCAAGAAUAUGAAGCUCUUUAUGGUU